AUCAUCAUCAGAUUCUGCGCGGUGCACCUUGAACUUGAAUUUCGUUAUUAAACGAUAUCAUACACACAGGUGACAGGACCACGCAGCUGCAUACCCCUUCUUUUCAAUCUCUGCGACGUUUCAAAUAAACUUCGAUGCCCGUGUUAUAAAGCUGCGCACGUGUACAUUUUCGAGUCUAAGGGUUUUCGACUAGCGAACUUGUCAGACACUGUCUGGCAGUGUCUGACAGUACUAGUGUCUGUGGCAGCGUUGACUUAUCACAGAGUCGACGCUUCCCGCAGAUAAAGAGUUCUUGUCAAUUCUGUGACUUCUCGCAUGACAUACUCUGAUUCAUCAGUGGGAUGAAAUGUCUGGGGUUGAGCGUAGGCCCCCGCCGUACAGAUCUGAGGCCAACAAUAAAUCUAUGGGCGGCAGAUAGACUGCGAGUCGCUUCUGUCCGUUGACUCUGACUCCAGGACGUUCCAAAACAUCACCGCGAUGUGGGUGCCACGUGCAUGCUGUGGUUCCUUACUUUAUACCCCACCGGGAUGUUGCAGGCACUGCAGUGGUUCACGAUGUCUGGCACACGCAUCUUCUUACCCUCAGGUCCUUGGGUGAGGAACCAGGCCACCAAGAACACCACCAGGAUCCGGGAGAGAGACAGCGGAGUGCAACAAAUCGCCACUACUAGUAUUGAAAAGGUUCUAGGCCAUGCGAGCCAACUUCCAAAGUUCGGGUCAGGGUUUAUGCCUCAUUUGCAUUGGAUCUUAUACUCGGUGACGGAGAACUCCGCACAGUCGAGACCUCUGUUGGAGAGUUACUGGAUCGCAGUGGAAAAUCACAUCGUCCGUAACCCUAAGGGUGAAGUCGUUUCCUCGUGCACUUCACUAUUCUUGGCCGUGGCGCAUUAUGAAGAUGACUACGCAGUCUACCCCAUUACUCCCGUGAGUGAUCAAUGCAUUUGAUGUUCCGAUGCCGAGACUUGUAAUGUGCAGUCCACAUCGUCUUCUCCCACGAUACCGCAGGACACAAGACAGCAGGGAUCUCGACCAGUUAAUAAAGCACUUCGAACGUGCCGCUGAUCUCUGCCCCGUUGAUCAUCCCUGCCGCACUGUUUAA